AUGGCUUGGGGCGAGUUCAGCCUCCUGCGGUGGCUCCGGGAGGGCCGGCAGUCCAGGAAACUCAUCCUGCUGAUCGUGUUCAUCGCCCUGCUCCUGGACAACCUGCUGCUGACGGUAGUCGUGCCAAUAAUUCCCAGUUACCUUUACAGCAUCAAACAUGAGAAAAAUGCCACAGAGAUCCACACUACUAAGCCUAAUGUAGUCUCCACCACAAUGGACAAUUUUCAGAGCAUCUUCUCCUACUAUGACAACUCAACGAUGGUUACUGGAAAUGAAUCUGAUAAGACACAACCCAGAGAGCUGCAUCAUACUCAGACAGAACAAAUGACAGUAAAUGUGACUCCUUCCCCAUCCGACUGCCCUAAGGAAGAUAAAGAUCUGCUGAAUGAAAAUGUUCAAGUGGGUCUCUUGUUUGCUUCAAAAGCAGCAGUGCAGCUACUGACUAACCCCUUCAUAGGGCCACUGACCAACAGAAUAGGCUACCAGAUUCCACUGUUUGCUGGCUUCUGCAUCAUGUUUGUGUCAACAAUCAUGUUUGCCUUCUCUGGAAGCUACACAUUACUGUUUAUUGCAAGGUCCCUUCAAGGAGUGGGUUCCUCUUGCUCUUCAGUGGCAGGGAUGGGCAUGCUUGCCAGUGUAUAUACAGAUGAUGAAGAGAGAGGCAACGCAAUGGGAAUUGCACUAGGAGGCCUUGCUAUGGGAGUAUUAGUGGGCCCACCUUUUGGGAGCAUCAUGUAUGAGUUUGUGGGGAAGAGUUCUCCUUUCCUGGUGCUGGCAGCACUAGCUCUGCUGGAUGGAGCUAUUCAGCUAUUUGUUCUGCAGCCAUCCAGAACACAAGCAGAAAGUCAGAAGGGGACACCAUUACUGACACUUUUGAAGGACCCCUAUAUCAUUAUUGCUGCAGGAUCAAUCUGCUUUGCAAACAUGGCAAUUGCUAUGCUUGAACCAGCAUUACCUAUCUGGAUGAUGGAGACCAUGUGUUCCAAAAAGUGGCAGCUUGGCAUUGCUUUUCUUCCAGCCAGUAUCUCUUAUCUCAUUGGAACUAAUCUUUUCGGGAUGCUGGCACACAAAAUGGGAAGGUGGCUUUGUGCUUUGCUCGGGAUGCUCAUCGUGGGAAUCAGUAUUUUAUGUGUACCCUUUGCUAAAAACAUUUAUGGACUCAUAGCACCAAAUUUUGGAGUUGGAUUUGCCAUUGGAAUGGUGGACUCCUCCAUGAUGCCAAUCAUGGGCUACCUGGUGGAUCUGCGCCACGUCUCGGUCUACGGCAGCGUGUACGCAAUAGCUGACGUUGCCUUUUGCAUGGGCUUUGCCAUAGGUCCCUCUGCUGGUGGUGCCAUUGCAAAGGCCAUUGGAUUUCCUUGGCUCAUGACAAUUAUAGGCAUUGUGGAUAUCCUCUUCGCUCCCCUCUGCUUUUUCCUUCGAAGCCCACCUGCCAAAGAGGAGAAAAUGGCAAUACUCAUGGACCACAACUGUCCUGUGAAGACAAAAAUGUACACCCAGAACAACAUUCAGUCCUACCCCAUUGGUGAUGAAGGAGAAUAUGAAAGUGAUGAGUAA